ACGGGGGACACACCAGCAACCCUUCCCGAGAGCGCAGGACGCAGGGUACUGGCUGUUGAAUCACUAUGUCCAGAUAUGACUCACUGACUCUGGCCUGGGUGGUCUUAUCAGCCGCAGUCAUCCUUCUUCCUCCCAUGCUCUACGCGCUACAAAAAUGUCACCCCUGCACGUGUUACCGACAGCAAGGGGAGAUAACCGCGAAUUGCACAAGCAGAAACCUCACUUCCGUUCCUGAACACCUACCUCGUAAUCUCACCAGCUUGGAGAUAUCGUGCAACAAAAUAUCACAACUAGAAGAGACGAGCUUUAAACGCUAUUCCCAACUACGUUACCUCAACAUGUCCUUGAAUAAACUGGUUGCCCUGACUAACAAGACUCUAGCGGACCUACCUGACCUUAUGACACUGGAUCUGCACAGCAACUAUCUCCAACUUUACGACAAAACCUUUCCACCUGGGUUGUUUAAGUUUCAGAAAAAACUUGAAGUGCUGCUGCUCCACAACAAUUCCCGCGCUGAUAAGCAGAAUAUGAAAUACCCGGACGAAACCUUCUCUGAUCUAAUCUCGCUGAAACUGCUUCGCGUUGACGGACUGGACGAUCCGGUAUUUGGUGUUGGAUUUAAGAACCUUAAAAACCUCACGACCUUAGUCUUGAGCGGAUCGGGGGGAACAUGUGCUAUCCAAACGCUCUCCAACACCACGUUUAUUACUGUUCCCAGGAUCAGAUUCCUUGAUCUCACCAACUGUCAAAUCACGAAAAUACAACCCUUUACCUUUGUCCCUCUCCGAGAGAUCCACACACUGGACUUGUCGGCCAACGUGGAUCUGACUUUCGGAACAUUAGCCACCGGCAUGCAAGGUACCGUCAACACCUCACUAAAGGUCCUGAAAGUGAACAGAAUUCACAGAAGACGUGGCGCUGGCGUGGUAGUCUCUCUCCAAGAUGUCCAGUACCUAUCGGGCAGCCAGCUGCAGGAACUUCAUACUGAUGAGAAUCAGGUUGAGCUUCUGGACCGCAGCGCUGUACUGGCUUUACCAACAAGCCUCAAGGUCAUUUCAGCUAAACGCAAUAACUUCAUCUUUGGAAUAUAUAUGUUCGGUCUGUCGAAGUUGGUUAACCUCGUGUGGGCCGACACUUCAUUGCAGCACCAGUCUCAUGUUAACCCCUUCUCUGUGGGUGAGAGACGAUACCAGUCUACGUUAGUCACAAUGAUUCAAGAUGGUAUUUUUGACCCAGACUUGUACUCCUGUACAGUUCCUGGUCAGUCGAAGAGUAAAGAAUCUUGCGACGAGGAUGCGAGACAAGACCAGGAAAAGGCCAGGAAAGACCUGGACACACGUUCAACACUUUCCCUCAGCGUCAACAAUCAAACAGAAGAAUUGCCUCCCUUGUUUUUGACAUUUAAGAAGCACAAAAUGCCACUUCCUCAAAACUCUGCAAACUAUUCUGGGUGGCCAGGAAACUUCACCGUGUUUGUUCCACCAAACGCAGAAUUCUUGAACGUCAGCAACAGCAAGAUGAAUUAUGUCAUUCCGAGGGCACAAUUUGGGCACAAUAAAGCGAAAGUCCUGGACAUGUCCCAUAAUUUUUUCACACGUUGGGAAGGUCCAAUACUAGGCCUCAACGCUUUGAAGUAUGUUGACCUGUCUUACAACUAUUGUGAUUAUAUUGGAGAUAAUUUUUGCAAGAAUUUCCCUUCAUUAAGAGUUUUGAAUAUCAGUUCCAACUUUCUAGGAUAUUCACUUAAGGACAACAGUAUCAACAAUCUCCUCACUCUGGAGGUCCUCGACAUGGCCAACAACAAAAUCAACCACCUUCCCCCAAAUCUAUUUAAGAAUAUGACUCAGAUGGUUCAUCUGAACCUAAGCUAUAACUUAAUGAGAACAUGGGACACAGACAUCGGUCACAUGGGGAAUCUCACCAUGUUGGAUAUUUCAUAUAAUCUAUUUGAAGAAGUACCCCCAAAUCUUCGUUCUCAACUUGACGCUGCAUCCGCCCAGGAUAUGACCCUGCUUCUUGAAGGGAACCCUCUGAAAUGUAACUGUGACAGUCUACCGUCCUUGAAGUGGUUGUCUGGUCAUCUCCGUGGUGACCAACAUUAUAUCUGCACAACAUCCGACAAGAAGACCGCUGUCCUCAAUAUAAACACAAUAAGAGACAUGACUCAGAGACUUGAUAAAUCCUGUGCGUCCUAUGUGGGCGUCAUGAUAGGAACCCUCAGCAUUGUCAUGAUUGCCGUGUCUUUGGGUGUGGCUGGUGUGGUCUACAGGUACCGCUGGAAACUCAGGUAUCUGUAUUACCUGACCAGAAGCAAAUACAAAAGGCUGAAUCCUGAAGGCGAUGAAGGGUUUGAGUAUGAUGCUUUCAUCUCCUACGCGGAUGAAGACAGACGUAUUGUCAUUGAAGACAUGAGGCACAGGUUGGAGGACACAGAAGGGCUCAGGCUCUGUAUCCAUCACCGUGACUUCCUUCCUGGAGAUGACAUUGCUGCCAACAUCCUCAACGCCAUUCGAAUGAGCAGGAAGACGGUUGUGAUGUUGUCCAGGAACUUCUUUAGAAGCCCUUGGUGUAAGUACGAGUUGGAGAUGGCUAACAUAGAGAGCAUUUACACAGAACGGAAGACACUGCUGGUUGUCAUGCUUGAGUACAUUCCUGUGACGGACCUUCCUCGGGAUAUCCGCGAUAUCAUUGCACACGAGUCCUAUGUUGAAUACACCGACGAUGAAGAGGGCAAUGAGGUGUUCUGGGAGAAUCUCAAACGUGGAAUGGUCAGUAAUGUGAGCUAAUCUUUUCCCAAAGAAGGAAUCUGUUCCCACAUUCUCACUGUUGAAAAUGGUGUUUUACCCAACACGUACUUUCUCACUCAGUGCACCCUCAGCUGGCAUGGUCAGACAGUUCUAAAGAGGUGCAAGUCGCAGGGAUUUCCGAAUUGUGCUCAUAGACUGUCCCGGUGGGAUUAAUGUAGUGUCAAGAUGGGAUUCAUAGACUGUCAAGAUGGGAUUCAUAGACUGUCAAGAUGGGAUUCAUGGACUGCCAAGAUUGAAUUCAUACACCGUGAAAGACGGGAUUAAUUGACUGUCAACAUUAACUGUCAAGAUUGAAUUCAUAUUCAUAAAAUGUCAAGAUGGGAUUCAUAGACUGUCAAGAUGGAAUUCAUAGACUGUCAGGAAGAUGGGAUUCAUAGACUUUCGAAGUGGGAUUCAUGGACUGUCAAGAUGGGAUUCAAAGCCUGUGUCGUGUGAUUCAAGAGGCAUGAGUGAUAUCCCUUUGUAUAUACGUUCCCAUGUUAUCGCCUUGAGGGUUGCCAGAGUGAGUGAGUCUGACUUAGGACGCUUUUUUGUAGCUUAUAAAACUAAAAAUCACAUAAUUCAUGCAG